AUGAGCGAAUUUGAAACAAUGGGUGAAGGUGGUGAAGAAGCUGAUUAUAUUGGAGAAUAUUACGGUGAUAGAAAUUCUAAAAAUGAAAGACACGGAUUUGGUCAAGCCAUAUUACCAAAUAAAGAUCGAUAUAAGGGUUAUUAUAGGAAAAAUCUUCGUCACGGUAAAGGAUUUUAUGCUUUUAGAAAUGGUGCCAGGUACGAAGGACAAUAUAGAAAAGGUAUAAAACAUGGUUUUGGUACUUUCUGGUAUCCCGACGGUUCUAAAUACGAAGGUGAUUGGAAACGUGAUCUUCGUCACGGUUUUGGAGCUUAUUAUUAUUCAAAUGGAGAUUUAUACGAAGGACAUUGGUAUAAGGGUAUCAAAGAGGGUUUGGGUACAUAUUCGUGGAGUAAUAAUACAGAAGUUAAAUUUUUGGGUACUUGGAGAAAUGGUAUGAUGGACGGUCCGGGACAGAUAAUACAUCAAGGUCAUAGAUAUCAUGGAAAUUUUAAAUUUAAUUUGCCCCAUGGCCGAGGUUGUUAUACUUUUGAAGGAAUUGGAAUGCUCCAUGGUUUUUACACACAUGUCAAAGAUCCUAAUUAUAGAGAAGAAGAAAAUGUUUUACCAAGUGGCGACAAUGAAGAAAACCUUAAAAAACCAAGCAGAAAAGGAAUUAUUCCUCUUUGGAAAGCUAGAAAAUUUACAGAAUUCCUUUCAUCCAUGAUGCCAAAAGAUCCAGUACCUGUUGAAAUUCCAGAUUCGGUUUCUACAUCUCCUGAUGAAGAUAGUGACAGUUUACCACAACCUGAAACAGAAGAUGAAGAAGGUUUGGAAAGUGAAGUUGGACCAUAUAUGGAAUCACUUGAGAAUUUGGUUAGAUUUUCAAAUUUUUAUUAA